UACCAGUAAGUGACCAAUUAUUUUAUCUUCAUAAAAAAAUAUUAUCUGCCGUUAUGAAAGGAUAUACGUCUAUGAUUGUUGGUUAUGAGUUUAUGCACCUGAGAAAUCGAGUUUACAAUGCUAACAAAGCUUCACAAUUAUUUUACAAAACAACAUAUUUGUCAAUUAUUAAUAAUAUCAAAAUUGGCUAUGAAAAAAUAGUUAGCCGGUUAGAAACAGCUCACAGAACACACAAAAAUUGCGAUCCUGAUUGGGUUGAGGGUGAAAAUUACAUACGUGUAAAAAAUUAUGUAUCAAUAAAAUCCAACAUAAAGUCCGUUCAAGGUAUUAACGUAGUAAAAAAUGCUGACAACGAAUUUGAAUGUGAUGGUUAUAAAAUAAAUACAUAUUCUAUAUCUUCUACUGUUAUAACCAGAAGAUGUCCAGGAGUAAGUUAUUUUAUAAAAUUAUUUAAACUCUGGUCUACAGUUAAUGGUUUUAUUAAUAUAAUUUAAUAUUAAAAGAUUUUUGAAAGAAGUAUCAACGAUAUUUGUAAAGAUUCUAAAGCAACUGAUAUACAUAUAAACAGCUAUAAUACAAAUUCUAGUGUAUAUUGUGCACAUGGCGGCGUUAAUCAAGUAAUGCUCAAUCAUUUGUGUUACUGUGAUCAAUCGUCUGAUAUAAAAUUGAAUAUCCGGACAGUAAGUUUGAUGGAACAGCUAACUGACAGUCUGGACAACCGUGUUGUCACGGGUAUAAGGUUUGCGGUUAAAUAUAAUAUGAUAACGAUAGAAAUCCAAGAAGGACAAUUAGUCAAUGGUAUUGUGAAUCGAACGAGUGUUAAAUGGAAAAAAGAUCUUGGCUAUUUGCCUGAAAAUGGUCCAGAAAGUGUUAAGCUCAACUAUAAUUUUAAAUCAUUUAACCUAGAUGACAUUGAAUUACCAUUCGGUCAAUUUGUCACAGGAGUUAAAUUUAUUUUAGUGGCAAAUAAUCAUUUGUCAUUGAGAGUGAGAGGAACGCAAAUGUAUAAUCAUUCAACUAAUUAUCCAUCUGUAGAUCAUGAUUGGCAUUAUCCUCAUUUGAAAUACGACGAAGAAAGAAUAAUAAUAAAUAUAAAGGAUCUCGCAAACUCUGCAGAAGUAAUAAAUCAAACUACAGAAUUGAGUAGAUCAGGUCGUGAUUAUAUUAAUUUAUCUGUUGGAUUAUAUUCAGAUGAAUUUAAUAAUUUAGCAGUGAUUCCAUUUUUUGAUUCACAAAAUGUCGUCACAGAACCACCAGCGCCAUUUGGUGGGGUGGGAUUUUUUUAUAAAGGGCAACCUGGUUUCGGGGGAUUUUUGUCUUUUAAAUUGAUGAAGGUUAAAAAUAAUUUUUAUUAA